AUGGCGCCGACCUUGCGAGUGUUGGUGGCAGCUCUCGUCCCCCUGGCAUGCAUUGCCGUCUUUCCCUCCGUCGAAAACGAGCACGCCACCGCAGGGUUGUCUCGCUCACUGGAACAGGUCCUAGCAAAUAUCGUCGGUGGACCGCUGAAAGAAAAAAGGAUCGUUCUCGUGGUGGAUCCUUCAGCUGAAUCUAUUAUGCCGUUGGACAAGAUUGUUCGAGCCAUUUAUGAUUUGGACCAGACCCCCGCGUUGUUGAUUUUUCAGGCCGAAGACAAGUGGGAGGAUCACCUUCCUCCUGCCAAGGAUCAGAGGGGGAGGUUCGCCUUCAUUCUGGCCGUUGGGAGUGAACCCGAGUGGCUGAUGAAUGUGCCUGACGUGUGGACGCCGGCGAUGCUCCUUGUCGUCAACGUGAACGCUUCCUACGACGCUCGGCCUCUCUUAGAGUUGCCCUUGAUUCAGCGAGCCAUAAGCCUUGCUCUGCUCGAGGCUUCCGACGACAAAGGAACGCUGGAGUUCCUCAUCUAUACCUCAAGGCCGUUUUCGAGAGAUCCUGAGGGGGGUCGCCGUAUGAAGUUAUUUCUAGGAUCUUGGGAUAACCAGCUUUUCUCCACCAUAGAUGCCCUUUUCCCAGAGCGAUUCCAGACCUUCGGGGGUGAGAUCCUGCACGUAGCCUCGGACUACGACGACUAUCCUCUCAUCUACGAAGCGGACGACGUCGACGGCAUGAACAUCCGGAUCCUGAAGGCGCUCGGUGCGUGGCUCAACUUCACCUUCACAACCACCAGCGUUGCGUCCGACGACCUGUGGGGAAGCUUGGAGAACGGCACCUGGACCGGCCUCUUGGGAGAUGUGUACCGCGGCGAAAAGAACAUCACCAUAAACUACUUCACGGUUGUUUACGAAAGGGCUCGAGACUUCGACUACACCGCGACCUACUUCACGGAAGGAUUCGGCUUCGCACUCCGGGUCCCGCCGCCCUUGCCCGCUUGGAGGAACCUCUUCUUGCCCUUCACCCCCCUGCUGUGGGCGUCCGUCGUGGGGGCGGUUGUGCUGACCACGCCGGUCAUCUAUCUCCUGAUCCGAGCGACGGAGGGCACCACCUUCACGGAUGUUGCGAUUCUCGUGUUUAAGAGUCUGGUGCAGCAGAGUUCUUCCACGGUGAGCAAGAAGGGGCCGGCGAGAUUACUGGUGGGCGUGUGGUGGAUUGGAGGACUAAUCCUGGCGCUCUCUUAUACCUGCAAUCUAAUCGCCGUCUUAACUGUCCCCGUUUUCCCGUCGAUCAUCUCUACCAUUGAAGGAUUGGCCGAGAGUAAUUUCAGAGUCAGCAUGGUCGACUACGGUGAAUUUGUCCCCGAGGCCCUGGCCACCUCCGCCGACCAGUACCUGAAGGCUCUCGGCGAUCGCAUGGACCUCGUCGAGAACUAUGCUGACGAUGAAAUUAGUUACAGGCAGUUGCUGGAUCUGUUACUGGAAGGACGACACGCCAUCACUGAGACGUAUUCUUAUCUUAGAAACAUGCUAGCCGACGACGAGCAAGGGCGCCGCCACACAUACGUCCUCCGCGAGCAGAUCUACACUGGCGCCCUGGCCUUCUUCCUGCCGAAGCACACACCGUGGAGACCCAGACUCGACCGGGGCAUUCAGCGGCUGGUGGAGGCGGGGCUGGUCGACAAGUGGUACCGCGACCUGAUGGGGGACAUGGCGACGGAAGACCUCCAGCAGGGCACGGGCGAGGAGAAGGCGCUCACGAUCUCCAAUCUGCAGGGGCCCUUCCUCGCCCUGGCUCUCGGCCUCGGCCUCGCCUCGCUCGCCUUCCUCGUGGAGGUCAGCCUUCACGGGCAGGCGGCGGUGAUGAAUGUCAAGCAGAAGGGAUCGCAGAAUUUGGCUUGA